ACAAGUUUGCUAACCGCCGUUAAUGAGAAGAAGAAGAACGCGAGGCAGCAGCAUGAUGAUAAUUUCUAAAGAUUGUUCAGUGUGAUAAUCAGUCCAAAUUAAUCAUUUAAUCAUGCCGAUGAAGGGACGCUUCCCCAUACGGAGGACGCUGGAGUAUCUGCAGAGAGGAGAAAUCGUGUUUAAAAACUCCGUGAAGAUCAUGACUGUCAAUUAUAACACACAUGGAGAUCGAAGUGAAGGAGCAAGAAAGUUUGUGUUCUUCAACAUCCCUCAAAUCCAGUACAAGAAUCCCUGGGUUCAAAUAAUGAUGUUCAAGAACAUGACGCCCUCGCCAUUCCUGCGAUUCUACCUGGAUGAUGGAGAGCAGGUGUUAGUGGAUGUAGAAGGGAAGGACUAUAAAGACAUCACAAACCAUGUGAAGAAGAUCCUGGGCAAAUCUGAUAAAGUUCUUGAAGCCGAGGCUCUGGCUAAGAUGGAGUUGUCGAACCCUGCGAACUUUGGGCCCAAGAAGUAUUUCCUGCGGGAGUGUAUGAGUGAAGUGGAGGGUCAGGUGCCUCAUCCGGGGCUCGUGCCCCUUCCCAAAGAAAUGACCGGUAAAUACAGAGCCAAACAUGCUGCUGGAGCUGAUGAUUAACAACUGACUUUAAUAUAAAUAAAUCUAGAAGAACA